AUGUGGCUGUGCCUCGUGGCCCUGUGUUUGGUCCUGGGAGUGAGUGAUGCUGUUGUGCUUAAAAGARCGAGCCAUGAGAACCCGGAGCAGUUCAUGAACAUAAGCCAGAAGAUCAAUUUCCAUGCGUAUCCCAAUGAGGAAUAUGAAGUAUUGACAGAAGAUAGCUAUUUUCUCACUAUGAACCGCAUUCCUCACGGCAGAGGGGAUGCGAGGAACACAGGACCCAGGUCCCCAGUGUUGAUAGUACAUGGCUUUAGUUUAGAUGGUGGCGACUGGGUGGACAACCUCCCCAGUACCAGCYUGGCCUUCAUCCUCGCAGACGCAGGAUAUGACGUUUGGUUAGGGAACAACAGGGGGAACAGCUGGUCCCGGAGACACCUGAACCUCUCCACYGACCAAGAGGAAUUCUGGGAUUUCAGUUUCCAUGAGAUGGCCAUAUAUGACCUCCCAGCAAUGAUAAACUUCAUUCUGCAGAAGACUGGACAGCAAAAGCUGUACUACAUUGGCCAUGCUCAAGGCAAUUCUCUUGGUUUCAUAGCAUUUUCGAGCAUGCCACAGCUGGCUGAGAAGAUCAAGUUGUUCUUUGGUUUGGCUCCUCUGUACACUUUUCACCAAGUUAAAGGUCCUGUUUUAAAACUUGCAUUUUUACCAGACACACUACUAAAGGUGUUAUUUGGAAGAAAACAACUGACUCUGGUGGGAAUGAACGAGAGAGCUGCUCUUGCCAAGCUGUGCAGCAAUCUGGUAACUGGCAAAGUUUGUGAAAAUGAGAUUUUUCUUAUUGGUGGAUAUAAUAAGAAGAACUUAAAUCUGAACCGACUGGAUGUAUACUUAGCACACUUUCCAGACUACACUUCAGUAAAAACUCUUCUCCACUGGGGACAGACUGCCAAGACUGGGGAGUUCAAGCAGUUUGACUACGGGGAGAAGAACCAGGAGAAAUACAACCAGUCCACCCCUCCUUUUUACAUGAUAGAAAACAUGACUGUGCCGACGGCCCUGUGGAGCGGCGGGCAGGACUGGGUGAAUCCCCCUGCAGAGACCGAGCGCCUGCUGCCCCGCAUCACUAACCUCAUUCGUCACGAGCACUUCCCUGACUGGAACCACUUUGACCACCACUGGGGCCAGGAUGCCCCUCAGCGCAUGUACAGAAAGAUUGUUGAUCUGAUGAAGAAGAAUCCAUGA